AUGUUCUUCCGAAAAGCCGCUUCUGCCAACCCUGCUGCUCAGUCCAACACCGUCUCCACCAACCAGAUCAAUGGAUCGCCCUCCACCCGAGAAGACAGCUUCUCAGUCACCUACGAUCGAUGCCUUGGCAUUUCGCUCAUUGGGGCCGAACAAGUCUUUCGCGCUCAAGGCGCUCUCAACAAAAGCAUCAAAUCCACCACUCCAUCGGUAGCCCCAUCCACCAAUACCGAAAAGAGUGUGGUCAUUGACGUUGCCUCUCCUCCUAAGAGAAGCAACACACUAAAAUGGGGUCGAUCAAAGGCUAACCCACCCAGCAAUGUAUAA